AGUCCUUCUUAUAUAGUCAGGGAGCCCAUUCUUAUCGCGCACUCUAAGAAAGGAAGCCACUGGUUCGUGUUGGUAUAAGAGUUGUUCUACAGCCAAAGUAAAAAUGAGGGAAAUCGUGCAUCUUCAAGCUGGACAGUGUGGAAACCAGAUCGGAGCUAAGGUUAGUCAUCUGUUUUAUUAAUAUGGUACAAAUCGAGCGAUAAAUAACUGUGCGUAAUAUCGCCGUUUCUUUGUAUGCGUGUCCAGUUAACCACACCCAAAGAACUGUAUUGUUAAUGGAAAUGCAAGCAAAGAAUAUUCCUAACCUAUAUUGGUUGACGUUAUUGUUUGAUGGGGGAGAAAAUUAAAAAAGUGUUGGUCUUUUUUAUGCACUACUGUAUAUUUUUAUUGGACCGGUUUUAUUUGGUUUGGAAAUUAUCCUUACACUGUAGCCUACUGGUGAGUGAGACAAUAUACAUGAGAAUGGGUAUUAAGAAAUUGUUUUAUUAAAUAUGUACAAAUCCAUUAAAUGUGAAUAUGGGUAUGGAUUACAACAAUUUACUCGACCUACUGCAAUGCGCAAAAGGGGAAGUAGGCCUAAGAGAUGUCAAAUUAAAUGGCCAUAUUCCAAGUAAUCUAUUAAGUAGUGAAUACAAAUCGGUUAUUGUUUUAAAACAACAACAAAAAUCCCGAAAAAAAAAGGGAAAUUUGUUUAAUCCCAUAUUAUGACCUAAAUUCGUCUCAUUAAUAGCGCGCCGCGCCCGGUUUUUUGGCAGAUGUGGGCGGUGUUUCAGCAAGUGACGUUUUCGACAUUUUCAAAACCAUUGCUGAUGGGUUUCAGCCAAUCGGAGGUCAUGCCGCGCGCGCGGAAUUUUACAGGAGGGACAUUUUCAUUCCAGAUACCUAACCAUAAGUGUGUACCUAUAAUGAACCUUGCAAUAUAGUCGAUUUGAUCCAUUGACGUGAUAAAAUGGGAAUAUUGAAACAAUCUAAUAACUGCAUAGGCCUACCAUGUAUUUGAUUAACGGAUCACACUUUGAAUGGCAUAUUAGCCUACCUGUUAUGAAUUCCAUUUUGCGCUGUAAACUAAAACCGACUGCUCUUCUUCCAGUUCUGGGAGGUGAUCAGUGACGAACAUGGCAUUGACCCAACUGGUACAUACCAUGGGGACAGUGACCUCCAGCUCGACAGGAUCAACGUCUACUACAAUGAAGCCUCAGGUAAGCCUUGUUUGUCUAAUGUAUAACCACAUUUAUCAAAUUCCUUAUCCUUCUCAAUUGAAUAUAUGUGUGGUUCUGACAUUGACCUUUAUUUUCCUCCUGGUUGUCUAGGUGGUAAAUACGUGCCUCGUGCCGUGCUUGUCGACUUGGAGCCAGGGACCAUGGACUCUGUGAGAUCUGGACCCUUCGGCCAGAUCUUCAGACCUGACAACUUUGUGUUCGGUAGGUCCCUCUGCUUCAUAUUUCAAUAUGAUAAAAAUACUGUACAUAAUGUCGCCAAAGAAAGGCGAGAGGAUUUAUCCAAUCUCUUGUUUUGCAGGCCAGAGUGGUGCUGGAAACAACUGGGCCAAGGGCCACUACACAGAGGGAGCUGAGCUGGUGGACUCCGUCCUGGAUGUUGUGAGGAAGGAGGCUGAGAGCUGUGACUGUCUGCAGGGCUUCCAGCUCACCCACUCCCUGGGAGGUGGAACCGGCUCUGGCAUGGGCACCCUGCUCAUCAGCAAGAUCCGUGAAGAGUACCCCGACCGCAUCAUGAACACCUUCAGCGUGGUGCCCUCACCCAAAGUAUCAGACACUGUGGUGGAGCCCUACAACGCCACCCUCUCAGUCCACCAGCUAGUGGAGAACACUGAUGAGACCUUCUGUAUUGACAACGAGGCUCUCUAUGACAUCUGCUUCCGUACCCUCAAACUCACUACUCCCUCCUACGGCGACCUCAACCACCUGGUGUCGGCAACAAUGAGCGGUGUCACAACCUGCCUGCGAUUCCCAGGACAGCUCAACGCUGACCUCCGCAAGCUGGCUGUCAACAUGGUGCCCUUCCCCCGUCUCCACUUCUUCAUGCCUGGCUUCGCCCCCCUCACCAGCAGGGGAAGCCAGCAGUACCGCUCCCUCACUGUGCCCGAGCUCACCCAGCAGAUGUUCGAUGCCAAGAACAUGAUGGCCGCCUGCGACCCCCGCCACGGCCGCUACCUUACAGUGGCUGCCAUCUUCCGCGGACGCAUGUCCAUGAAGGAGGUGGAUGAGCAGAUGCUGAACGUGCAGAACAAGAACAGCAGCUACUUCGUUGAAUGGAUCCCCAACAAUGUCAAGACCGCCGUCUGCGACAUUCCUCCCCGUGGCCUCAAGAUGGCUGCUACCUUCAUCGGCAACAGCACAGCCAUCCAGGAGCUGUUCAAGCGUAUCUCAGAGCAGUUCACAGCCAUGUUCAGGCGUAAGGCUUUCCUCCAUUGGUACACCGGAGAGGGUAUGGACGAGAUGGAGUUCACUGAGGCUGAGAGCAACAUGAAUGACCUGGUGUCUGAGUACCAGCAGUACCAGGAUGCCACCGCUGAGGAGGAGGGAGAGUUUGAAGAGGAGGGAGAAGAGGAGCUGGCCUAAAUGUUUGUAAUUGUGCACAUCCAAGCUGUAUAAUUCACUGACAUGUCAGUCUCGACCUUUCCAGUGUUCCAUUAACUGUCCUUUUUUGUUUUGUCACCUCUGCUAUUCCUGUCAUUUCUUGUCUGUACAGAAACAUGUCAAUAAAAGUUCUUUUGUUUAAUGUGCUGUAUCCCUCGAUUUAAUGGUUGCUUCAAUAAACUAUGGUUGGGCUUCAAUAAUAGCCAGAUCAGUUGUCACGUCAAACCAUUAUUCUUACAACCACCAGUUCUUCAACUAGGCAAUAGGUUUC